AUAAAGACGAUAAGAAGUACCACAACACAGAUGUGUCGACAGCAGAGGACAAUCAUUUAGUUAUGGAAGCAUUUUUCGAGAAAUACCCAAAUCUGAAGAAAAACCCAUUUUAUAUAACGGGUGAAAGUUAUGCCGGAAUUUAUAUCCCAAUGUUAGCCCAACAGAUAUUCGUCAAGAAUUCCACAAUUAAUUUGAAAGGUGUUGCCAUUGGAAAUGGAUACCUGGAUUUGGGUACAUUAGGCGGUCAGCACAGCAUUGAUAUGAAAUUGGGUCACGGAUUCGUUACAACAGAUUCUUAUGAGAAGAAGAUUGAGAAUUGCUGUGAAUGUAAGACCGGAGAAGUGCAACACGGAUGCGAUUUCUCUAAACCAGUCAAUGCUACGUAAGUUUA